CGAUCGACCCGUCCCAUGAGUCACGGCCAGGAAGGAGGCGAGACGAAGUACAAGGGCGUGCGCCGCCGGAGAUGGGGCAAGUGGGUGUCGGAGAUCCGCGUGCCGGGGACGGGCGACCGCCUGUGGCUCGGCUCCUACGCCACCCCGGAGGCCGCGGCCGUGGCCCACGACACCGCCGUCUUCUUCCUCAGAGGCCCGAGCCAUGCCGGCCGCCUCAACUUCCCCGACCGCGCCGUGGCGCUGACGUGGGCCUGCUUGUCGCCGCCGUCGGUGCAACGCGCCGCGUCCGAGUCGGGGAUGGCGGUCGACGCGCAGAUGCAGGAAGCCGCCUGGCGCGAGGAGCGGCGGCAACCGCCAUCGUCGGAUGUCAGCUCUGAAAGGGUCAGCCGGAGAGAGGCGGGAGACAGUGACGUGUCCAUGGGGAGUGAGUUGUACGGAGAUAUAAGCGUGGAUGAUAUGGAGAUAUGGGUGUAAUAUUCAUGCAUUAGCUGAAGGAAGAGACCGAUCAUGUCAAUGAGUGUCCUCCUUCACGAAACGAGCAAAUCAUUGACUGAUUCAUCCCUGUUUACUUCUUUCA